AUGAUCAAAUCCGAAAGCCUCAAUCCUCAAAACAUUUCUUUCUACCUUUCUCACCAAUCUUCAGGCUGUUACCAAGAAACAGAAAACUCAAUCAACGUAUACAUUUCAAAGGACAGCCUUUCACACUUCUCUAACAUCCUUUCAGACUUAGGCACGGCCAAAAACAUUCAAUCAUCUUUAACCAACCUGGAGUUUCACCGCGUUGAGUGGGGAUUAGAACAGCUAGUGUACCUUGGGAUUUUGCUUCAGAAUAGCUCAAACAUCAACCAACUUGUGUUUCAGCUGAAUAGAUUCAAUACAGAAUGCUUAUCUGAGCUUUGUGAGGUUUUGAAGAGAAAUGGAGUGAUCAAAGAAGUUAUGAUUUCUGAAUCAGGUAUAGGCCCAGUUGGGGCUGGCCUUAUAGCUUCUGCUCUUAAGGUAAACGAGAGCUUGGAAGAGUUGCAGAUAUGGGAAGACUCAAUCGGUUCAAAAGGUGCUGAGGAGCUCUCAAAGAUGAUUGAAGUAAACUCAACGCUGAAACUUUUGACAAUUUUUGAUUCACAUCCUAUAACUGCGGCUUCACUUAUAUCAGCUGUUUUAGCAAGAAAUAGGGCGAUGGAGGUUCAUGUCUGGAGUGGAGAGAAUGGAGAGAAAAGUUCCAAGGUAGUGGAGUUUGUACCCGAGAACAGCACACUUCGAAUUUACAAGCUACACCUUUCAGAUUCCAUCAGGGUUGCUUGCUCUCUAGGGUGGAACUCGACAGUUAAGUCACUUGACAUGACUGGAGUCCAGCUGAAAUCACGGUGGGCUAAGGAGUUUCGAUGGGUUUUGGAACAAAAUCGGAGACUCAAGGAGGUAAGAUUGUCAAAAACUUGCCUUAGGGACAAAGGGGUUGUGUAUAUUGCAGCUGGACUCUUCAAGAAUCAGAGUUUGGAAAGCUUGUAUCUUGAUGGAAACUGGUUCAGUGGAAUAGGUGUAGAGCAUUUGGUAUGCCCUUUGAGCAGGUUCUCGGCCUUGCAAAGCCAAGCCAACAUUACGCUCAAGUCUGUGACCUUUGGCGGAGGGAGAACAAAAAUUGGAAGGGAUGGGCUCGCAUCCAUCAUACAGAUGCUGACAACCAAUGAGAGUGUGAUUAAGCUGGGAAUAUAUAACGAUGAGAGUUUGAGACCAGAUGAUUUUAUCAGAAUCUUCAGGAGCUUAGAGAGGAAUGCAACUUUGAGAUAUUUGUCAUUGCAAGGUUGUAGAGGGGUUCAGGGAGAGGUGGUACUCAAGACAAUAAUACAGACAUUGCAAGUUAAUCCUUGGAUUGAAGACAUUGAUCUGUCAAGAACACCACUGCAGAUUUCAGGGAAGGCUGAUGGAAUUUAUCAAAGGUUAGGCCAGAAUGGAAAGACUGAACCACAAACAGAUACAGAUUUAUUCAAGGACAUGCCGCUCACUGAACCAAAAAGCUGCAGGGUUUUCUUCUGUGGGCAAGAAUACGCAGGCAAGACUGCCCUUUGUAAUUCAAUAUCUCAGAACUUCUCCUCCUCGAAGCUUCCCUACAUGGACCAAGUGAGAAACCUAGUAAACCCAGUUGAACAGGCUGUUAGAACAAGUGGAAUGAAGAUUAAGACUUUUAGAGAUGAAGGCACAAAGAUAUCAAUAUGGAAUCUUGGUGGUGAGCAUGAUUUUUACUCCCUCCAUGAUCUGAUGUUUCCGGGGCAUGGGAGUGCAUCAUUCUUCCUGAUCAUAUCCAGUUUAUUCAGAACGCCUAACAACCGAGAACCAAAGACGCCAGCAGAGAUAGAGGAGGACCUGCAAUAUUGGCUCAGGUUCAUUGUUUCCAACUCAAGAAGAGCACUCCAGCAAUGCAUGCUGCCCAAUGUAACUAUAGUUCUUACUCAUUUUGACAAAAUCAAUCAACCAUCACAAAACUUGCAGCUUACAGUGAAUUCAAUUCAGAGACUAAUAGAAAAAUUUCAAGGGUUCAUCGACUUCUAUCCCACUGUAUUCACAGUUGAUGCAAGAUCCUCUGCAUCUGUCACUAAACUCACUCAUCAUCUUCGAAAGACGAGCAAGACAAUUCUCCAAAGAGUGCCCAGAGUUUAUCAGCUUUGCAAUGACCUGAUUCAAAUUUUGUCAGACUGGAGAGCAGAGAACUACAACAAGCCUGCAAUGAAGUGGAAAGAAUUUGAUGAGCUUUGCCAAGUGAAGGUUCCACCACUGAGAAUUCGAUCAAGACAUGAUAAUAAAGGUAAGGUGGAAAUGAGGAGGAAGGCUGUUGCUGUUUGCCUUCAUCAUAUAGGUGAGGUGAUAUAUUUUGACGAAUUAGGCUUCCUAAUCCUAGAUUGUGAGUGGUUCUGUGGUGAAGUGCUUGGCCAACUAGUAAAAUUAGAGGUUAGAAAGCAAAGCUCCAAGGAGAACGGAUUCGUUAGCAGAAAGGAAGUGGAGAAGAUUCUGAGAGGAAGUUUGCAUAGUCAAAUUCCUGGAAUGAGUUCAAAAGUAUUUGAAAACUUAGAGGCCGGUGACCUUGUGAAGAUGAUGCUGAAACUAGAACUAUGCUAUGAACAAAACCCAUCGGAUCCAAACUCUCUGCUACUGAUCCCCUCAAUUCUUGAAGAAGGCAGAGGGAAGCCCCAGAGAUGGCAGUUAAGUACAAGUGACUGCAUUUAUGCCGGGCGGCAUCUGGAAUGCGAUGAUUCAAGCCACACAUUUCUCACACCAGGCUUCUUUCCUCGUUUACAGGUUCAUCUUCAUAACAGAAUUAUGGCAUUAAAGAACCAACAUGGAGCAACUUACAGUCUGGAGAAAUACCUCAUCUCAAUAAAUAUCAAUGGGAUUUUAAUCAGGGUAGAACUUGGAGGACAGUUAGGACACUACAUUGAUGUUCUUGCUUGCUCCACCAAGAACUUGACAGAAACCAUUAGACUCAUUCAACAGCUAAUAAUUCCAGCAAUCCAGAGUCUCUAUCAUGGACUCACGUUGACUGAAAACAUCAUGAGGCCUGAAUGUGUUCAAAACUUGACACCCCCGAGGUAUAGGAAAACCCAACAUGUGUCUCUGCAGCAAUUGAAACGGGCACUGCUCUCAGUGCCUGCAGAAAGCAUGUAUGAUUAUCAACACACCUGGGAUCCAGUUUCGGACUCUGGAAGACCUGUUCUAAGACCUGGAUUUGAUUUGGCUCGAGACCUCCUGUCAGAGGAUGACUUCAGGGAAGUAUUGCACCGUAGAUAUAAUGACCUGUAUAACCUUGCUGUGGAGUUGGAUGUCCCACCAGAUACUGAUCCAGAUGGAGCAGAUCACACAGGCAAUGAACCUGACAAAGUCGAUCCGAGCUUUUCUGGAAUCGCAAAGGGGGUGGAACAAGUAUUGCAGAGACUCAAGAUCAUUGAACAAGAGAUAAGAGAUUUGAAGCAGGAGAUACAAGGACUGAAAUACUACGAGCACAGACUCCUUAUUGAACUUCAUCGCAAAGUGAAUUACCUUGUGAACUACAAUAUCCAAGUUGAAGAAAAGAAAGUGCCGAACAUGUUCUUUUUUGUUAGAACAGAAAACUACUCGAGAAGACUGAUCACCAACAUGAUUUCUGGAAUGACUGCACUUCGGCUGCACAUGCUAUGUGAAUUCAGGGGAGAAAUGCAUGUCGUUGAAGAUCAGAUUGGCUGUGAAGUGAUGCAGGUUGAUAACGUGGCAGUGAAGAGUCUGGCUCCAUACAUGAAGAAAUUCAUGAAACUGUUAACAUUUGCUCUCAAGAUAGGAGCCCAUCUGGCUACUGGAAUGGGAGAGAUGAUACCAGAUUUGAGCAGAGAAGUUGCCCAUCUGACCGGCUCUUCUCUUAUGUACGGAGCAGCAGGAGCAGUUGCUGCUGGAGCUGUAGGGACUGCAGCUAUGGGGCGCAUGCAAGGAAGCAGGAACAGGAGCAGGGCUGCAGAAAGCUCAAGAGACAUUAAACAAGACCAAAGAGCUGCACAGCAGUGGGUGGUGGAUUUUUUAAGGGACCGUGAGUGCUCGACUGGAAAGGAUAUUGCAGAGAAGUUUGGAUUGUGGAGGGUCAGAUACAGAGAUGAUGGGCAGAUUGCAUGGAUCUGUAGGAGGCAUAUGAUCAUAAGGGCAAAUGAAAUAAUUGAAGUACCCAUUUGA